AUGGGAGAAUGGACCAUCCUGGAGCGCCUCCUAGAGGCCGCCGUGCAGCAGCACUCUACUAUGAUUGGAAGGAUCCUUCUUACAGUCGUGGUGAUCUUCCGUAUCCUGAUCGUGGCCAUCGUUGGGGAGACCGUGUAUGAGGAUGAGCAGACCAUGUUUAUCUGCAACACUCUCCAGCCAGGCUGCAACCAGGCCUGCUAUGACAAAGCCUUCCCCAUUUCACACAUCCGCUACUGGGUCUUCCAAAUCAUUCUGGUGUGCACGCCCAGCCUCUGCUUCAUCACCUACUCCGUCCACCAGUCGGCCAAGCAGAAAGACCGCCGCUACUCUUUUCUCUAUCCCAUCAUGGAGAGGGACUACGGGGGAAGGGACGGGGCGCGAAAGCUUCGCAACAUUAACGGGAUACUUGUUCAACAUGGCGGUGACGGCGGAGGAGGGAAGGAAGAGCCAGACUGCCUGGAGGUGAAGGAGAUCCCAAACGCCCCCCGUGGUCUCACUCAUGGAAAGAGCUCUAAGGUGCGCCGGCAAGAAGGGAUCUCCCGCUUUUACAUCAUCCAGGUGGUGUUCAGAAACGCGCUGGAGAUCGGUUUCCUGGCGGGCCAGUACUUCCUAUAUGGCUUUAGCGUACCCGGGAUCUUCGAAUGUGACCGUUACCCGUGUCUGAAAGAGGUGGAGUGCUACGUGUCUCGCCCCACGGAAAAAACGGUUUUCCUGGUCUUCAUGUUUGCAGUGAGCGGUAUCUGCGUAGUCCUCAACCUGGCCGAGCUCAACCAUCUGGGCUGGCGCAAGAUCAAGGCCGCCAUCAGGGGCGUCCAGGCCCGCAGGAAGUCUAUCUGUGAGAUCAGGAAGAAGGACAUGGCACAUCUUUCCCAACCACCCAAUCUGGGACGCACACAGUCCAGCGAAUCGGCCUAUGUCUGAUGAAGAAAAGAAAAAGGAGGAGGAGUGGGACAAGGAUAUGAAUUAAUUAUGAUUUUAAUUUAAUAAAGAUGAUGGAGAGGUCAAACAAGAUGACCUCUCCUCUGUGCUCAAGGAAUGAAACUGAAUUUAAAGACCAAACCUCUGGCUCCAGGACUUGAUGAGUCAUUAAAGAAAAGAGGAAGAAGACUAUUACAAAGAGAGAGAGGAUUAAAGAGGACCAAAAGCUGAACACGAUGAACACAUUAUGGUCUCACAGGGAGAACAUUCAACUGCCAUUUUAUACGUUUUUCUUUCUUUGACUAAUUGCUCCCUCCCCCGCCCCUUCUUUUCUUGUGAAGUGAGGACCUGGAUCCUCGAGGGGCUGGAGAGGAACGGACUAGAAAAUGAUGAGAAAAAGAAGGGAGGUGAGAGAUGAGAGGCUGUUUUGUAUUCUUUGGGGGAUAUUGGAAGAUGAUGGCGGUGUUUGAUGCAUUCAUGGUGCUUUUCUUCUGGAUUGUGUCAGCCUCGAUUAAAAAAAAGAAAAAGAAAAAGGAAAAGACAGGAUAGGAAAUGGGACGGGGAGGAUGAGCAGCGACAUUAUUAAAAGCGGAACGGAAGAACUGUCAGAGCGAUGACGGACCCGAGAAGAAGAAGGUGAGUUUGUGAGCGUUAGGGAGACAUCACGCUCUGGAGAAAAACAGAUGACACAACCAAAGGAUGGUUUUUCUUUGCUUCCUGUCAACGCCGGAGACUCAGUGUUGACCCAAGCCAGGAGAGAACGAGCUGCGUCUGAUCAGUGUCAUCCUCGCCUCUGUUGAAACGUCGUCACAAGCCAAAACCAUGAGGACAAGACUGACGAUGUUUAUGUUUUGUCUCCUGGCAAAAGAGGAUUUUAACACAAACAAGAGCGAGCGAGUAGCAUAAACACUUUUUCCCCUACCCUCUCCCCCGCUCGCUCUCUCUGCUCUCCACGGUUGGCAGCUACGCACAUAGAACGCAGAGGCGUCACAUGACAGUCAUGACCCUCGCUGCUCUCUUUCUGUGAAAACUUUGGAGAGGAACUAGCAAACUAAUGGGAUGACCCGUCGAGUGUAAACAUCAGUCUCUCUCCUGAAGCACAAAACAUACUUCCCUCGGCGCAGCAUUCCAGCGCGCUGAGAGACGAGGGAGAGACGUGAAGAGGAGGAUCACUUUAUUACUUUUAUAAAAUAUAUCACCAUGAGUUAUGUUUUUUUUUUCUUUGAGAAAGCGAUGGUGCCAUCCUUAAGAUAUUUAAUUAUUGUUGAGAAGUUAUAUAGAGUAUAUCAUGGUAUUAAUAUUUAUCCAUUUAGAAUAUAUCCAAAUAGAUUUUAUUUAUCUCUGCGGCGGGUUGGUCGGGACGUGAUGUUGCUGUUUUUUUUGUUUUUUUUUAUGUAUAAACUGUCUCCUUUCAUUUUGGAUUAGCUUGAUGCACAUCUCACUGACGGGACUGAUGACCAUCAUGGACAGGGGGGACGAGUGCAGCGCAGUGAGGCUGUGCAGCUGAUUCUUUUAUCUGCAGCUUUUAAGGACAUAUUUAUUGCCACUGUUACAUUACUUUUCUUGGUGUGUUUUCCACAGAGAGCCUUGGUUUCCUUCUCAAUUAGCUGCACAGCUUCAAGCCGCCGCGGCCUGUGAGCCGUUUGAAAAAAAAAAAAGGCAUGUUUACACGACGUGAUGUUUCUUGAAUGAUCAGAUAUGUAACCGAUGAGUAUAGUGACUCUAAAGGGAAAGUUGUGUUUUUGAAAUCGCGGUGGUUUUUAAUUUUUGCAUUUCUUCCCCGAUUGGAUUUCAACAUGCAUGCCUUGUAAAGAAUGAAGAAUGACCUGAAAGAAAACGGGAAAAAUAUGAUGGAGGGUGUUGCAUCUUGAUUAAUGAAGACAUGUGGGAGAGUGGCGGACUGAAGGAAGUCGUGUUGGGAUCAGACAUCCGAGAAAUGCAUAAUUUAAAACAAGUCGCACUGCAGGCCAGUGAAACCAGACAUUUCAGUGGAAAACAUCUUUCUUGAAUUAUUCAACACACACACACACACACACACACACACACACACACACUAGACCUGCAUGGUGUUGUCCUGUUACUGAGGACUCUGCAGACUGUGAUAAACAGACACAAAUCAGCUCAUGUCAAGCUCAGAUGUUGUCUGUUCAGAGCAGCUCUCUGCGACAAUGAGAUGGUUUACUCGCACUGAUAAUACUGAUUAAAAUCCUCUCGGUCUUCAACAUACCGCAGCUUUAACCCCGACUCCACAAUCACCAACACGUCAAACUGAAAGGCCUUGCAAGAAGCUCAACACUGCAGCAGCUUAGCACUGCCACAAUCGCAGGUUUGAUUACUGACUAAGGGCCCGGGUUCACUGAGCGGCAACGUCUUUUUUUUUUCAAUUGUUUUUAAUGAGUAGUGAGCGUUACCUGUCCGGAUAGAAAUCACACCGACAGUGGGCAGAGUCAGAAAUCGAGGAGCGCGAACGACAGGAAAGACAUGCGGGGAACUAGCCACAUAUUGGGCCUGAACCUGGGCCGCUCCCCCGAGAACAAUAUCAUCUGCCCACAGGGCACGCACCAAUCCACUUGGCCCCCAGCGCCCCUCAAGUUGAAAAUCUGUCAACUUUUCAGAAAGGCGCUGUUGACGUCAUCAGUACUCUUUUCCAAAUGUAUGUUUUUCCCGUAUUUUGGCCGCCUAUAGGCUCUGCAUCGUGUCUUGUACCCAUGUCCUCUUUGCUCCGUGUCUGCAGGUAAAACGAUCUAAAAACAAACAUAGGCUAAUAUAAAAAAGUAACAGAGCAGUGUCGGCCAUACAGUAGUUGUUGUCAACAGACUGUUGCCAUAGAGACAGGACAGAUGCACAAACGUUUCAGCUCCUGAGCGCAAAGCCAGUGCUAAUUCUAAUGUCAUUUGUACGACACGUUGUAUGAAUGCAUUAAAACAACAACAACACACACACUUCGCAGCUACAGCACGAUAUAUCCCAGCAUUAACUGUAUGAAAUUGGACAUUCUGAUUUUGCUACUUAACUUUUUUUUAACUUGCCUUAUAUUAGCUUAGCUUUGUGAUUUCCUUCAUUUCCCACAAUGCCUUUGGAGAACUCCUCAGUCCUUAUAGUAAGGGUACGAUAAAAGGAAACGUGAUGUAGAGAAGUAGAGAAGGAAUCCUACAAGUCAGCAAAGCGACUUAACUUCCAAGAAAAAGGAAGAAAUAAAUGAAAUGCACUGCCAACAUUUAAAGCGAAUCACUUCAGCUCCACAUUAGGUUCAAAAUGUUCCCCUCCUAUUUAUUUUUGUAGUUUUUUUAAGAGGAGAAAUACGUGUAUUUAAACCGCUGUAGCUGCUUUGGAAAUACCGAGACAUGACACCACGUUAUAUAACAGAUUGUGUGGAGGAUAAACACGCUCUGCAACAACAGCCGACAUAAGAGAGUGAUCCAUCAAACUCUCUCUCACUCCUUUGACUGCCAUAAUCUCCGUGAUUCUUACAGGUGAUUAUCCCCAGAUUUAGACUCCUCUGAGGAUCCCCGUGGCUCAAAGGGAUCCGGCACUCUAUUGUGUGCGCCAAGAAGGACCAAUAAGAGCUCACGGGGCGACGCCAGAAUGCCAUACUGUACGCCACGGGGCUGAAUCACGGCUUCCCUCGUUCGCUGCUGAGACCCUGUGCUUCUGGAGGAGAGGCUUAAACGUCAACCUUGAGCUUUAAGGCCAAGCCGAUGUCCUGUGCUGUACGCGGUCGCUGUGCAGAACAGAUCUAAUCUCCGCAGGGCACAGGUCAAUGCUAUGGUGACGACUAUUUUUAGUGAACGCUGCACAUAUAUCCAUUCAAGGAAAAACAAGCAAAUCUUAAUGCAGGAAGAGCGUCUUACAUGAGGUCCACUCCCUGUUGGAUUCUGCUGUUAUGUCUGGUUUCAUUCAGGACACACACACACACACACACACACACACACACACACAGUGCGAGGGUGCAGAGGGCCAUAAAUGUGUCCUGGUCUUCUUGGGUUUACAUUCAUCCAGUGUUUGCACAGCUCCUGAACUUUUAACAGUGAAGGAGAAGCACGCCCCAGCUCUUCCGACAGUCCACCACUCCCACCCCCACCCCUCACACGGUCUCCUCUUUUUUUUUCUAUUUGUCAAUGUGAAAUGAAUUAUGCAACUUUUUUUUUUUCUCAUUUGCUUAUCUUUUUUGACUUGUGGAUUCAUUUUGUUGUCUGUUGCUCUUUUUGUGCAGUGACAUAUCAAAAAAGAACGAUGUUUUUUUUUCUAUGUAAAGGAACAAUUUUUUUGUAACGUGUAAAAAUCAAGGGUAGAAUGUCAAAAUAUAAGACUAGCAGAAAAAAAACACUAUGUUUCUUCCCUUGCCAAAGUGAUAUGCAAAACUUCAUUAAUUUUCAAAGACUGUUUUUUAUUUCUAACUGCAUGUGUAAUGGCUAUGACAGCAUGUUUCUAUGUUUUUCUUCUACAGGAAUUUUUUUUUUUUUUUAGUUCAAACUGUGGAGCGAAGCUAUAACGUCUUGAUGCCAAGUGUGUAUAUGGAUCACCCGGUUCUUCAGAUGAUACAGAUUCAGGCAGAAAACACAGACUCAGAGAUGUUCAAACUUCCACUUACAGGUUAUCACUGAGUGCGUUGACACGGACUUGAGUAUCCCGCUUCUGAUCUGGGUUUUUAAAGAUCAUUAUUUUGUGUUUGAGCACGUUAAUCAUCAUAUCCAGAUUUUGAGAAAUGACGAUUUUGCUACCUGGAGAAGUUUUUUAAAAAUGGACCUGUCCUGUGGCAUCCUAUAGGCCAGGGGUUCCUAAACUUUUCGACCUGCGACCCCCAAAAUAAGGGGUUAGAGACUGGGGGUGCACUAAACGGGGGUGCACUAAACGGCCUUUCCAAACUCUGGCACAACACUGUAAUUUUAUUUUAGUAAUUAAUUGUUAAAAACACUAGAAGCAGAAAAUAAGUCACCUCUUGAACUGCUUUUUAAUUUCACAAUAAUGGGUAAAAUAUGCAAUUUUAAGUCAUUUUUCAUUUUGAUAUGGAAUCUCGCGCCCCCCACCCUUUGAGUGUCUUGGACCCCCUAGACCAGGGCUAUUCAACUUUUAUGUUCAGGGUGCCAAAUUUUCAGAAAGCUAAGGAUCUGGAGACCAGACAAGCAAGCCCACCUCAGCAGUAAAGUGUGCGAAAGCCGUUUUUUUUUUUCCAUCAACAACACAAGCUUGUGAUAGACUGCGAGCACAGGACCAAAGAUGUUCUAAUAAACGGGAGCGCUGUGCUGUUUUUAAAACUUUACUGGGCAACAAUGGCAGUCGUUCACAAGUUUUCCUCCCUGUUUAUUAGUUAUUUAUUUAUUUUAGAUAAAAGGCCAGUCUGAUGUCAUCCACGGGCUGGAGUUGGCCCCUGGGUUGCCAGUUGAAUAGACCUGCUAGGGGUCCAGACCCCAGCUUUGGUAACCACUGAUAUUGGCUACACCUUACUCCUGGAGCAAACUGACUUUUGUCUUACGGUGACCAAACUUCAGAAGUGGUUCUGAUCCAGCUACAACCUCCUGGACAAGAUGCUUGCAAUCACAAACAUGGAUAUUAGUAUUCACCAUGUGUGCAGGGACAUGAAGGUGCAUGUAAACACCAUAUCCUGAAGAUGGUCAAAACUGGGAUGAGGCGUAUAACCCAAGAUACUCAAGUCCAUGUAAACACACUCAGUCUCAGUUCCUAUACUCCAAAAAUAUUCUGUAAGCCACAAGGUACAGAUUAAUGUUCUAAUUUUAUAAGAAAUUUGCACUUGAAUAUAAACCUUUAUAAUAUUUGAAGAAGAAGAUGUUUAAUUUAUAAGCCGAUCAGUCUGCUGUAAAACAGGGUACAUGUAGUUAGCUUACAGGUGAAACACUGACAUGAGAUGUCAGAUACCGCAACAUUCCAGGGUUUAGCACCCCGCACAAUGUGUCACCAACCUGCAAUGAAGAGCCUCAAAGAUUUUCAGCGUGAAUCAAAACUCAGUGACGCUCCGCAUGUGGACACUUACCGGGGUACAGGACUCGGACAGCAGACUCAGGACCGACAACAAUGCUGAUCUUUUACAACAAUCUUUUCUAGUGAAAAAAAUAAAAGCUGUUUCUACAUUAACAGACAAGAAACUUUUAUAGACAGACAACAACUACAUGUCAUAGGCUGUAUAUAAGAAGUGAACAGCACCAUCAUGAUGUCAGCCAUUGGUUUGCAAAAUGCCUUUUUGAAGCAUCGAUAUUGGCAUGUAAGCCGGUGACCACUUUUUAGAUUGUCUCCAUUGUAGACUGUGUAACAUGGUGGUAGUUUCAGUGACGUCACCCUUUGGAAGCCCCACAAUGGCGGUUUCCAUAUUGGAAAUGCUAUCUCAACCUAACUUUGGAUCAAACUAGAAACAGGCAGAAAGGUGGCGCAGAGACGGCUACUGUACAAGGCGCUCACCUGUCAGUCAACUCAGCCACGCCCUUAAUUAUGCAAACAUGCAAAUAACUUUUAGGCUUUAUUAAUUAAAAUAAAUUCACCCACCAUGAAGUGGAGCAGGCUGUAAACUUCUUAAUUUCUGCUGUAAAAAUUUACAUUUUAAGACGCGACGUAAUGAGGGUUGCUUGGUUUUUGGAGCCAGCUUCCAGUGGUCACUUGAGGAACUGCAGUUUGUUUUGAUUGCUGCUCGGUCUCCAUGUUGGUUGAUAGGCACGCUGUGUAAGUUACCUGUCAAUCAAAGGCAGCCAUCGAGACAUUAAACCCAUUGGGACGGUUGUUAUUUUUCUUACAACCAGUGCAGUGCUGGCCAUUUGGAAGAAUGCAGGUUUGAGAUAUUUCCAAAUUUGGCUUCAAAUUUUAAAAACCAGAGGCUGAAUCCACUUCUUAUAUAAAGGUCUAUGAGCAUACUUUCAUCUUAUUUAAUACUGUAGAGCCCAACUUUUAAAACGAGUCUGUGAGCCGGAUUAUUUACCUCUUGGUGCUAUUGAGGUCGGACUCUUUACCGAAAACAUGAAACCAGACGACUGCAGCAGAGAAUACUUAAUCUAGAAUACGUACUUCGAGCCAUGUAGCAACACAGGUUUUCUUACAAAAUAAAAAAUAAAAAACUAACGACUGUUACUAAGAAAGAGGCUCAUGUGUGAACGCCUGCAGCAUGUUUUUAUGAAUCUAUCCCCCAACGAAGCAGAACAGUAGCAAAUCAUUUGAUUUCCUCAGGAUUGCGGUGCGUAAUCGAGCUCAACUCUUCAAUACCACUGACAAAAGAAGCCAAUCCUGAAGGGCUCGUUUAGCCCACCUUGAGAAUUUGUGGACAUGUCCCUCUUUUACAUUGAAGGGCUUCUUCCUUGAUACAAAUUGAAAGCCGUAGUUUUAAAGAAAGAGGUACAUUUAAAAUGUGACUUGGCGCUUUACUUUGAAAGAGUAUAAUGUGCACUCACGGGCCGAGAUUAAUCACGUUCAUUUGUAGGCAAUUAGGGAAUCAUCUUAAUUGAAAAUCAGGCAUCUUGUAUCCGAUGAAAAAAGGCUUUUCACCGUGUUUAAUGAAAGAGAAAAGUGUAAGUUUUAAAGCUCCUUUUAUCCAGAUGUUCAAUGUAAUUUUCAUUUCAUUCUAAAAAUAGGCCCUCGCUCCCCCCGUCCCUCUCCGGCCCUGUCGGAUACUGGUGCUGCUUUCCUGUGGUCUGGAUUAUAACCAUUUGUGGGUUCAGAAAAGGACCUCUCAACCUCCCACUAAUCUGCAAUAAUAUCAAUUGUGACUACUUCAUCUAAUUACACUGAGUGGCAGACACAGGCAGAGUCGAGUUAAGCCAAAUAGCCCCCGAGCAUCCCUCUCUUGCUCUCGCUCCCUCUCUCUCUCGCUCUGUGACUGCUUACUUACUGCUCGGUUUUUGGAUUUGAGACUAUGACCUGAGAAAACCUCACUUUGUGUUCCCAAAAAUCUAGAACUGUGCAGAUGUUUGGGUUUAAAUUUGAAAGAAAAAAACACACAUGUGGUGCAGAGGAAGAGCGUACCUCAGACCCACCUCUCCCCUUUUUUUCCACUUAUCCUCAAAGACCUCUUGAGCUAAGACCCGGCUUCAUAUACGCCAUGACGUCUGUCUGUAAGCUGUGCGAGAGGGUCGAUGUCACAGUAAGAGGGAUGAAAGCUGAGCGCCGACGUGUCCGGGGAGCGAGGGAAGCAACGUCAAGUUUAGCCAAUAUUUGGCAUCAUACGGUGGCGAUCAUACAUAAGAGAAAAUAGUCAAAUAUCCCUGCCCUUCAAACGUCUUCUGCAUAAUCUUCUGCUGUGUCUGUACGGAUGUAAAAGCAUGGACUAAAAACAGAAACAAAGAAACACACGCUCAAACACGCUCACGCUUUGUAAUCCUCAUUUUAAAAAAAAAUCUGUGGAAUGCAGGUUUUACAGUGUAGCUGACGGACCUUUGUCGAAGGUUCACUGUAUAUUUCUGACUGGUGUACUGUAUGUAAAGACUGAAUAAAACCUUGAAUGUUACAUUAAGCCUGAA